GAAACCUGCCUGCUCACAAGCUCUCUCUCAAAGUUGGUACUCCUAUCAUGUUAAUGCGCAACUUAAAUGUUGCUGAAGGUCUCUGCAACGGAACUCGACUAAUCUGUCAUAAAUUUCAGCAGCAUGUUAUUGAGACUAAGGUCAUUACCGACACACAUAUUGGAAAUCAUGUGUUUCUCCCUUGCAUUACUCUUACCUCUUCCAAUUUAGACUUGCCUUUCAUUCUUAAACGUCGCCAGUUUCCCAUAAAAAUGGCACUUGUCCAAUUCGUAACUUUCUCCUCUGCCGUAGAAGCGUCCUUUUGGCAUAAUUUAUCUACGCGUAAAAUUGAUUUAUACAAACUAGACGAUGCCCCACAAAAAAUUGUGGGAUAUUAUACCACCGGUCAUCUUCUACAAUCACAAAAUUCCACAGAAGCGAAUAUCGCAGUACCGGCGCGUUUGUGCCUCGGAACGGGUGCUUUUUACGAGGAUAAUGACGAAUCAUUUUCGCG